AUGGAAAUUAAAACUACAAUAAGAAAUCACUAUAGACAAUUGCUAAAAUCAAAAAAGACUGACAAUACCAAAUGUUGGCAAAGAUAUAGAGCGACUGGAACUCCUAAAUUGCUGAAGGGAAUACAAAACGGCAUUGCACUUUGGAAAAGUUUGGCAGUUUCUUAUGAUAUUCGGUGGAUAAUAAUCAGAGCGCUCAUAGUUUCUGUUUGGAUUUGCUCUGCAGAAUGCAUUAAGUUAGGAAAAAAAAUGAAGAUACAUUCCAUGGACCAAGGAGCAGAGCACAUGCUGAUCCUAUCCUCAGAUGGAAAACCAUUUGAGUACAACUAUAGCAUAGAACAUGCAAGGUUUCAAUGUAUUUUACAAGAAAAAAAUAUAAUUCAGAUCACAUGUGGAGAUUAUCAUUCUCUUGCACUCUCUAAAGGCGGUGAGCUUUUUGCAUGGGGACAGAACUUACACGGCCAGCUUGGAGUUGGAAAAAUAUUUGACUCAACUACGGCACCACAGAUUGUGGAGCACCUCUCCGGAGUCCCCUUGGCUCAGAUAUCUGCGGGAAAAUCCCACAGCAUGGCUUUAUCUGUAUCUGGAAACAUUUACUCAUGGGGAAGAAAUGAUUUUGGACAACUAGGCCUGGGCCACACCGAUGAUAAAGAUUUUCCUUCCCUUAUUGAAGCACUGGAAAAUCAGAAAGUUGAAUUUCUUGCUUGUGGUGGCUCUCACACUGCCCUGCUCACAAAGGAUGGGCUGGUGUUUACUUUUGGUGCUGGGAAAUAUGGGCAACUCGGUCACAAUUCAACCCAGAAUGAGUUAAGACCCUGUUUGGUGACUAAGCUCGCUGGGAAUAGAGUGACUCAGGUAGCAUGUGGAAGGCAGCACACACUUGCUUAUGUUUCUGAUUUGGGGAAGGUCUUUUCUUUUGGUUCUGGAGAAGAAGGACAACUGGGAAACGGUGGAACACAUAAUCAGCUGAUACCACUUCCCAUGAAAUUGCCAUCAAAUGAAGAACUCAAAUUUGAAAACCGUACCUCAGAAAAGGAGUUAAUAAUAAUUGCUGGAGGGAAUCAAAGCAUUUUGCUCUGGAUUAAAAAAGAGAAUCCCUAUGUUAAUCUGAGGAGGAAAAUUCCUACAUUGAACGAAGGGACUGUAAAAAGGUGGAUUGCUGACGUGGGGACUAAGCAGUGGCAAAAUACAAAAAGGGAAAUCAGAGAGAUAUUUUCAUCUCCUGCUUGUCUGACUGGAAGUUUUGUAAGUGAAAGAAUAGCUGCAGAAACUACAUCUAUUUAUUUGGACUUAAGUAAAGCAAGAAACACCUUUAAGGAGUUAACCGAAAAGGACUGGAUUACUAACACGAUAACCACAUGUCUCAAGGAUAACCUGUUUAAAAAUCUUCCAUUUUAUUCUCCACACCAAGAAGCUUUAGAAAUUUUCUUCCUUCUCCCAGAAUGUCCCAUGAUGCAUGAUUUUAACAACUGGGAGAGCCUGGUGGUUCCAUUUGCAGAGGCUGUUUGUAAAAUGAGUGAUAAAUCUUCAGGGGUUCUGGAAGAAUAUUGGGCGUCUCUGCAAGAAUCCGCUUUUACCAAAUUGGUCCAGAUGUUUAAAAGAGCCGUCACCGCCCAACUGCAUUAUUGGACUGAAAGUGCUGAGAAUAACUAUCACAUUAAAGCUCUCCUAGAAGUAUUGAAAAGGCUGCACAGGGUAAACCAGACUAAAUGUCAAGCACCUGAAAAUAUUUUCAAAGUAAACGAACUCACGCACUGGCUUGAUUUUUAUGGAGACGCAUAUAGAAGGUCCUCUUGGAAAAUGAACUCAGACACUUCAGUAGACAUCCAGUAUCCUGUCAUAUUCAGUCAUUUUCCAUUUAUCUUUAAUAUUCUGUCAAAAAUUAAACUACUGUAUGCAGACUCGCUUUUAAAAAUACAGGAGAAAAAAUUUAGAGCUUGUAUGCAGUUGGCCGGAAUUGUGGAACAUGGAGGGUCCAGUUUAACUUGGCUGCCCACCUUUAACCUAACAGUGAGAAGAAGUCACUUGAUUGAGGAUGUUUUGAGUCAGCUAAAUCAGUUUGAGAAUGAAGAUUUGAGGAAGGAAUUAAUGGUUUCAUUUAUUGGAGAAAUUGGACAUGACUUUGGAGGAGUCAAGGCAGAGUUUUUCCACUGCUUGUUUGAAGAGAUGAUCCGACCAGAAUAUGGGAUGUUCAUGUAUCCUGAAGAGGCUUCCUACAUGUGGUUUCCCGCCAGGCCUAAAUUUGAGAAGAAGAGAUAUUUCUUCUUUGGGGUUCUAUGUGGACUUUCCCUGUUUAACUGCAAUGUUGCCAACAUCCCUUUCCCACUGGCUCUGUUUAAGAAACUUUUAGACCAAACACCAUCAUUAGAAGAUUUGAAAGAACUCAGUCCUGUUUUGGGAAAGAGUUUGCAAACACUUCUGGAUGAUGAAAGUGAUGACUUUGAAGAAGAAUUUUGUAUUCACUUUAAUGUACAUUGGGAUAAAAAUAAUGUAGACUUAAUUCCUAAUGGAAGUUGCAUAAUUGUGGACCAGACUAACAAGACAGACUAUGUUUCUAAGUAUGUCGAUUACAUCUUCAACAUCUCUAUAAAGGCAGUUUAUGAAGAAUUUCAAAGAGGAUUUUACAAAGUAUGUGACAAAGAGAUUAUUGAAUUUUUCUAUCCUGAAGAACUGAAAGAUGUGAUUAUUGGAAAUACAGAUUAUGACUGGGAAACAUUUGAAAAGAAUGCUCAUUACGAACAAGGAUAUGACAAUUCACACCCCACCAUAGUGAUGUUUUGGAAAGCUUUACACAAAUUGACUUUGGAGGAAAAGAAGAAAUUCCUUGUGUUUCUUACAGGAACUGACAGAAUUCAAGUAAAAGGUUUAAAGAACAUGAAAAUAACAUUUUGCUGUCCUGAAAACUUGAAUGAGAAAGAUCCCAUAAGAGCACAGACAUGUUUUAGUGUCCUCUACCUCCCUAAAUAUUCUACAAUGGAGAGAGUGGAAGAAGCGCUUCAGGUAGCCAUCAACAACAACAGAGGAUUUGGCUGACCCUACCUGACAUUCUACCCCUUUUUGGAAAUAUUUUCAAAAAUAAAAUUAACUCAAAAAUUUAGUAACAUGAAA